UGUUUGAAUGUAAACAUUUGAGUAAAUAUACUGUCUACUUUGCAUCAUAGAAUCAUAUAUGAUAACUUUAGUUUAAUGUUAGUUUAUUUAGACCAAAACCAGGUUCCUCCUUCAAGUCCUGGAUGGUUCUGCAGUCAUGGCCGAGUCAGUGCUGGAGUGGUACUUUGAUAAAUUCAUUGCAAAUGACUCUUCAAAGACGGAGGAAGUGAAGGCAGAUCCAGCUGAAGAGCUGUUCCUCAGCUUACUGCCCGAUGAGCUCCUAACACUGGAGGAGGACACAGAGAGCAGCACCGGUCCGGACAUCCACUCCCAGAAUUCCAUAGCAGUGGUCGAGCUCCCGAUCCCGACCCCGGUGUUGCCUGUGAUACAGGAGCCAGAAACCAUCCCACAGAUACAGAACGUGAUCUCUACAGUGAAGCUGGGCUGCUGUCUGGACCUGCAGUCAAUUGCUUGCAAAGUGUGGAAUGUAGAGUACAAACCAAAGGUUCCUGUUGUGUUUCAGGCUUACAAGUCGCUCGUCAUGAGGAUCCGUGAGCCGCGAAGCACAGCCAUAAUCUACAAAUCUGGAAGUGUUGUGUGUACAGGAGCCAAGAGUGUGGAGGAUUCUCGGCGCGCGGCCAGAAGGUUUGCCCGCAUAGUGCAGAAGCUGGGCUUGCCUGUCUGCUUUCUGAAGUUUAAGAUCCAGAACAUGGUGGCCAGUUGCAAAACCUUUCCAAUAAGUUUGGAGCUACUGUCAUGCCAUCAGCGCUGCAGUUAUGAACCAGAGCUGUUUUCUGGCCUCCACUACAAAGUGACCCCUGGCAUCACUGCGACCAUCUUUUCAUCUGGGAAGAUUAUUUUGCUUGGAGCUAAAAAGGAAGCUGAGGUGUAUGAAGCAUUUGAUGCCAUGUAUCCGGUCCUGAGAUGCUGCAGAAGACUCACCAAACCCUGAAAGCAUCUCCUGUUCAUCUUCAAACUAUGUUAGAAAAUAAACUGUUUGUUUGAGUCACUGA